AUGGGAAAAGAUUAUUACAAAGCGCUGGGCAUUAGCAAAGGUGCCUCUGACGAUGAGAUCAAGAAGGCCUAUCGCAAGAUGGCUCUCAAGUACCAUCCGGACAAGAACAAGGAUCCUGGAGCCGAGAACAAGUUUAAGGUUGGUGUUUCCUUCUUGAAACAGUACGGGAAUUAUAUUUUUUCAUUCAGGAAAUUGCCGAGGCUUACGAUGUUCUGUCAGAUGAAAAAAAGAAGAAGAUCUACGAUCAGUUCGGAGAAGAAGGACUGAAAGAAGGCGGAGCCGGAGGAUCAGGAGCAGGCGGCGGCGGCGGAAUGCACUACGAGUUCCGUGGAGAUCCGAUGAACAUCUUCUCACAGUUCUUUGGAGGACACGAUCCCUUCGGAGCCGGUGGAGCCGGAAUGUUUGAUAUGGGUGGCGGCGGAUCUAAUAUGUUCUUUAUGAAUCAAGGAGGAAUGGACGACGGAAUGUUCGGAAUGCACGGUGGAGGUGGAAAAAGACAUCCCACACGACAGGAUCCUCCCGUUCAUCACGAUCUCCUCGUCACUUUGGAAGAUGUUCUGAAAGGAACAACGAAAAAGAUGAAAAUCACAAGAAAAGUGAUGGUGGACAACACCCAACGAAUGGAGGAUAAAGUGUUGACCGUCACGAUCAAACCAGGAUGGAAGUCUGGAACGAAGAUUACUUUCCCGAAGGAAGGAGAUCAGCAUCCGAACAGAACACCUGCUGAUAUUGUUUUGUCAUAAAGGACAAACCACACCAGAAGUUCAAGAGAGAAGGAUCGGACAUCAAGCGAGUCGAGAAGAUCUCCCUGAAGAAUGCCCUGACUGGCGUAGAUCUUAUGAUCCCUACUCUUGAUGGAACCGACUUCCACCUCAAGUUGAAUGAGAUUGUUAAGCCUGGAACUAUGAAACGGUAACUUGAGAUACUAGAUAUAAAAUAUUGAAUUCGGUGUUUUCAGUUUGACCGGACGAGGACUCCCCAAUCCGAAGACGCCAUCUGUUCGUGGAGACUUGAUUGUCGAAUUCGACGUGGAGUUCCCAACCCAGUUGACUCCUGGUCAGCGUCAAGCCAUUCUAGGGGCGUUCUAAUUGAUCCCCUCAUCUACAUAAUACCUUUCAGUCGAAUCGAGACGGGUACACAUUCACCUCAUAACCUAUCCGUUGUGUGUUUGA